UGGUUUUGCAAAUGCAAGUCUGGUUAACCUUCAAACUUCUGAUAAAUAGCAGUGCUGCUUCCCUGAGCUUUUGUUGAGGAAGCAUGCAAGAACUAAUGUGCUAUUUUUUGUGAUCUCAUGUACUUGACUGGUUAGUGCUUGGUUGAGAAAUCAAAACUUGCAUCCUCCAAUAGAGAAGCCUGCACUCGCUUGUAUAAGUGAAGAUGCUCCUGCCUCCUCCUCUGUGUGGCACUAAUCACUCCUCAUACCGAGGCAGCGCUGCCCUGUUCACGCCGCUCCUGCCAGCGGAGACACAGGCGGAUGCACUGAUGGCUCGUAUUUCUGUUGACUUUCACAUUAUGUUGUUGGCUGUCGCGGUUUGUCUCCCACCACCUGGCCUCUCUCCCAUACUCUCCAUCCCGCUCGCCGUCUGUAUGAUCGGACUGACUGAAGGUAAAUGUGUGAAAGCAGCGGAUCCGUGCCCGCCUGAUUGGUGCAGGCGGUGAAGGCGCUCUGAAAACCUCCAUCUCUGCCCGACUGAGAGUCGACUGGAACUGUCUGGCUGGUCUCACUGCACUACUAUGACUCUGAGCUCUUGAAGGUUUUGCUUUUUUGUUUAAAUUCGCCAUCCCUCUUGAAGCCCACUUGAUUCCUCGAUGGGUUCCCGCAGCCAAGGCUUCUUCCACCACCACCACCACCAUCGUAGCUCCAUGGUCCCCACCGCGGUGCCGAGGCUGCUGGCUGAGAACGGCAGCCUUCUGGGGGGCAUCGCACAAAUCACCCCCAACCUCUUCCUCAGCAGAGGAAACGUGGCAUCCAACCGCAGCCUGCUGCUGUCCAAAGGCAUCACCUGUGUGGUCAACGCCACCAUCGAGCUCCCCAACUUCAACUGGCCUCACAUGGAGUACGUAAAGGUGCCUCUGGCUGAUAUGCCCCACUCCCCCAUCUCCUUGUACUUCGACAGCGUGGCCGAUAAGAUCCACAGCGUGGGACGAAAGCGAGGGGCGGUGCUGGUGCACUGUGCAGCGGGGGUGAGCCGCUCCGCCUCUCUAUGCCUGGCGUACCUCAUGAAGUAUCACCGCGUGUCUCUGGCCGAAGCCCACGCCUGGGUAAAAGCCCGCCGCCCCGUCAUCCGGCCCAACGGCGGCUUCUGGCGCCAGCUCAUUGAGUACGAGAGAAAGCUGUUUGGUAGGAACUCUGUUAAGAUGGUGCAGACGCCCUACGGGGUCAUACCUGAUGUUUAUGAGAGGGACCGCAGGUGCCUGGCUCCGUACUGGGGCCUGUGAGAGAUCCACAGCGAGGGAUUGAGGAGGAAAGUGAAGACGAGCCCUCUUGCCCUUCUGGACUGCAGGUUCAUGUGUGUUCAGGACAGGCGAAGUGAGACGUGUGUGAGUGUAAAUCUGUGUGAAGCUUAUUUAAUGAAUACUGGUGCGUUUAGACAGAGAGGGGGUCAAACCAAACACUGGUUGUUGAUGGUGCUGCUGUUCGUCCAACCAGUUGCCUCCCUUUAGUCUUUGAGUGGGAGCGAGGCGACUUCAAGCCCAGAAUCUUAGGACCCGAGGAUCGACUGGGACCACAAUGAUGUCUGACACCAAAACAAGAUGAAAGUGUGGAAGUCGGUGCUGUCUAUGUCCUGGUCUGUCUUUCCAGUUCCAGUGGAGGACGAGCACUCUGUGACUGUUAGCUGAGACUCUGCAGCUCUGACAUCGAUGUGACUGAAGCCCUUUUCCUGACGUGAUGUCAUGUGGUGGUAUUGUGCCAGUUUUGCAGUAGUCUUUAGUGUGAAGGGCAGCAGCAUGCUCUCAAAUUUAUGGUAGCAUUUAAGAUGUACAGAAAAAAAUAUAUAGACAAAUUAUUUUAUUGGAAUGUACUAAUAGUGAGGAAAAAAAUGUUUAUGGCACACUUAACUGAACAUUUAAAGAUGUUAUUAUAUCUACCUUUUUUAAGGUGAAAAUCUAGAAGAUGUAAGCUAAAAGUCAAGGUUUAGGGGGAAGUUCCUGUGUACCACAGGGUUGACUGUUCCAUCCUGUGACCACACUAUGUUAUUGUAGUGCUAUUUGAUGCUGUAUGAAAAAAUAUCUGCCGCCUCAAGGGAACUGGUAGCUCUAUUAUAGAUGCUUGGAAGAAUAUUUUCUAUCCCACUGUUUUUGCCUUGUGUCCAUAUUCGGGUAAGGUUGCAAAAAGAUCAGUGCAGUACAGAAAACACAUUUUAUUUCUCUGUGUAAACCAGCCUAUUUUUGUGGCUUGGCGCUCGUCUAAAGAGCGAUGUCACACAAAAUCCUACUUCUGCUGUCGUCUGCUGGUUGUAAUUUUAACUUUGCUGCAGGUGCUGUCCACGCUCCAAAAGUACUGUUUAGCACUAGAUAGUUGUAGGGGUGAGACAAAAAAAUUAUACUGCAGUAAAUCACAAUACACACCAUCAUCAAGACUUUGCCACCAAUAUUAUCACAUAAAAGAAAACAUAAUGCAGUGAAUGUAUGGAUUCCUGCUUGUUGAAAAGUUUUCUUUCUAUUUUAGUGGUGUAUUUCCCUCUCGUCAAGUCAAUUUUAUUUAUAUAGCCCAAUAUUACAAAUCACAAUUUGCCUCAAGGGGCUUUACAAUCUGUACAGCUUACAACAUCCUCUGUCCUUAGACUCUUGAUUCGAAUGAGGAAAAACUCCAUAAAAGAAACCCUUUAACAGGGGAAAAAAUGGAAGCAUGCACAGCUUUGCAGCUUUUAGGGCACCGAAACAAAAACAGCAGAGGGUUAGAGAAAUGCAGUCGAUCUCCAAAAGUUUGCAGUCUGUGAGUUGAAUUCUUGUCGGCAGGAAAAAAAUUAGACUGUAAGUACUCUUAAAGGUGCCCUGUGGAAUUUUCUUGUGUGUAUCCUUGAAGUCUAACAAACUUUGCUUUCUCAUAAAACAUUUGCAAAGCGGAGCUUUUAAGUAUUUUAAAUCCAGCAUUGUUUACUUGCUAGCAGUGUUUCCCCCCCCCCCCCCUGCCUUUUCUGGCACGUUGCUGCGUUUUUUUGGCAUAUUACUGCCACCUGUAGAUCAGUGGAAAAAAAUGUGAACUCUUUGGCAGGAUUGUGUAUCACGUUGACUGUGUGUUCACGUGUGUGCAUGCACAAUACAAACAAAACAGGGACCCACUUGUGAAAACAGCACUACAAAUGAUCAAAAACGCCACAGGUAACCUUUUUAAUGAAUUAAUUAAAACAUUAGAAAAUGGUGAAAAAUGCAAAUCAAACACAAACCGGCAGCACAUGAUGUGCGUCAAAACACCCACACUCAUAGUUUUCUAUAUAAACUUGCACACCAGCAGCAUAUUGAGACGCGUCACAAUACACCACUGUUCGAUAUCCCGGCGUUGACUCACAUUAACGAAUCAAAGAAUCUGCAGUUUUAUUACAUCUGCUUCCCAGAUUUGGCACUUCAUGGCUACCGUAUAGUAACUACUACUUCUUUCUGUAUGGCAUGCCCUGUGUGGUACAGGAGCCAAUUUACACACAUCAGAUAAUGUAAUGCUAUGUGAAGCGGCCAGUGUGUGUUGCUUUUAAAUUGACGUCUUCAGAUUGCUUAUUUCAGUCAGUUAAAAAGAUAUAUAAAGAUUUUCACAAUGAUGUAAAACAGAGAAAAAGCUGCAAAUUCUCACAUUUUAGAAGCUGGAACCAGAGAUGAAAGAUUAUCAAAGUUGUUCACAAUUGUAAUAAUUAGAAUAUAUCACGUCGCAGAAUCACCCGUACUGUGAUACCAUCAUUAUCGUGGGCAGCGAAUGUAUCCUGUUAGUUUUGUGUUGUGAUUUCUGUGCUCUCACCCCUACACUAUAGUGCAGUAUAAUAUCACUGUUGGCUGUGGUCAGACAUCUAACAGACCACACGCAGCAGUGAUGUUGGAUGUGGUGUCGAGUGCAACAGAGUUGACAUUUUAAACCUACAGAGAUCAGGGCAACAAUGCUUUUUAUUUUUCAAUGAUGCCAUAAUAGAUUAAGUGUGAUAUUACAACUAAAAUAACAUUAAAAAAGAAUAUAAAAGUUCAGGGGUUAGCAGGAGAAAGAUGUUCUUGUCCGGAGCACAAUCUGUAAUCUGACUUCAAAGUAUUUCAUGCCCCAAGACUGUGAUAUAAAAAUAAAAAAAGAGCUCAUGUCA